AUGACGAGCAAAAAUGGAGACCAUGGGUCUCCCCAGACCUCGUCCACAUUGAAAGCUGAUCCCAAACCCAGCGCUCAGCGCGUCCCACCCCCCGAGACCCCGGAAGCUAUCCAAACGCGAUUCCGAGUCAUUGCUGCCUUUUGGGCCGUGAUUAUAUUCCUGGGAUUCCCAAUAUGGUGGAAGACUACUUCCAUCUACCGGGCGCAUUUGCCAAUUCAAGAGAUGGCCGAUUGGGCCGAUGGCAAGACAUGUCGCCCGGUUUUCCCGCUUGAAAUUCACGUUGCAGCGCCAACUAUGCAACUUCCCGAGUCGCAACAUCUCGUUCGGACGACUCAGCAUGCCCUCGACGAUCUCAAUGAAUUCGCCGCCCACCACCUUCGGCUCAAGUUGACAAACGACACCGAGACUUCUACUGCGCAAGGCAUUGAUAACACUCCCAUUACUGGAAGCAUGAUGGACGAUGCCCCGGACACUGCAUUGACCGUUCGUGUGGUGGCCCAAGAGGGUCUGGCUACCCCCAGGUCUGAACUACGCGCAGACACAACCCAGCUCGACAUCUUCUACCCACCGAGUCAGGUGCCCAUUCCCUCAUCUUCAAAUCCACCGCUCUCAGUCUUCAUCGCAGAGGAGCUGCAGCGCUUAUACAGCGAAGAAAAGGCUACUAUUGCCUACAUUCUUUCUGGCGGCGCGGCCGGUCGUGACUCGGAGAGCAUCAGUCGACGAUUGCGCCGGUCAAUGAAGUACGCUGAUACAUACCACCUUUCAUUUUCCUUGUUUACGCCCGGCUCUGCCCCAUCCUCAUGGGACAUUGAAGCCGCGGUACAGGAGUACCUGUCUCCCCUCCUCCACGCAUUCGGUCCUAUUAGCAACUUCACCAUCGACACUCAGGUUCAGCUCUAUGCAACCUUUUCGCCCAUGGCUCCGCCACCGGUAUAUGAUGAGACCGAGUCAGCAUGGACCUUGAAGAAGGAAGAUCUUAGCGCCUUUAUCAAUGCCGCUGAAUGGCCACUCAACCCUAGCAUUGGCAACGGUCCUACUUUGAACUUCAUUCUCUAUGUCCCGGAUCCUUCCCAAUCCCCGAUGGUCGUCAAGGAAAACCGUGCGUCCAGUUGGAUUGUCCCGCAAUGGGGCGGCGUUUUCCUUCUUAAUCCGCCUCUUGAACAGGCAGGGCAAAGUGGUAGCCAAACCAACCCAGGCCAUAUCACACAAGAGUCAUUGCGGCCAGCAUUCAUGACCUUUUCCCAUCAGCUAUUGACCCUCCUUGGCACCCCUACUACCCCGGCUUCUCUCCCGCUGCGCCUUCAAUCACUUAUUCGCGUUCGUGCCGCAACUCUCCUCCUAUCUGCUUCAUCUACCAUGGGUUCUCUAGCCCGCCUCACCGAAUCUCUGGCAGCUAUCCCCAUCCCAGCUACCGUGGCAUCUUCCGUCUCUACGACCCUUGCCCAACUCUCUUCCACCUGCUCUCAUCUCCGCGAAGGCCGUUUCGGUGCUGCUCUCACCAGUGCUCGGAUCGCAGAGACCGAAGCUGAGCGCAGCUUCUUCGAGAAGAGUAUGGUUGGCCAGGUAUACUUCCCGGAUGAGCACAAGGUUGCCGUCUAUCUACCUUUGUUGGGCCCUAUUGGGGUCCCAUUGCUGGUUAGCCUGAUGAAGGAAUUGAAACGCCUUGUGGCAGGGUGGAAAGCACGAAGGCGAUCCACAGCAUAA